AUGCUACUUUCCCUUGUUCUGCGGAUGCCUCCACCAAAUUCCUUAGGGGAGUAUGUGGCUACUUGCAACCCUGUAAGAUAUCCUCUCAUUCUGAGCAAGGAUUCAUAUGUGCCCAUGGCAGCUGGGUCCUGGUUUGCUGGGGUUAUCAACUCUGCAGUACAAACUGCAUUUGUGGUACACUUGACCUUCUGUAGGAAUAAUGUCAUCAAUCAUUUCUCCUGUGAACUUCUUGCUAUCAUGAAACUGGCCUGUGUUGACAUCUCAGGCAGUGAGUUCGUCAGGCUCAUGGUCACACACCGUAUAUUGACUGUUAAUAAUCAUAUCUUUUACACGUUAAUCAUUGUAAGCAAUAUUUGCUUUUCUAAGGGGAGAAACAAAGUAUUCUACACCUGCUCAGCCCAUCUGACUGUGGUAAUAAUAUUCUACAGAACCAUUCUCUUCAUGUACAUGAAGCCCAAGUCUAAAGACACACUUAAUUCAGAUGAUUUCAAUGCUACUGACAAACUGAUAUCCGUGUUCUAUGGGGCGAUGACUCCAAUGAUGAAUCCUUUAAUCUACAGUCUCAGAAACAAGGAUGUGAAGGAGGCAAUAGAGAAUCUCAAGCAGGCUCUACUCCCAACACAGAGUCCUAUCUGCAGCUCGAUCUUAGGACUGUAG